CCCCGCGGCCCCGCACCUGCGCCCUGGCUGCCGUGACGCCUCCAUGGCGGCCGCGGCGGUGGCGCCUCCCGAGGUCCUUCGGGAAUGCGGCUGCAAGGGCAUCAGGACCUGUCUGAUCUGCGAGCGGCAGCGCGGAGGUGACCCGCCCUGGCAGCACCCCUCGCAGAAAACACACCGGUUCAUUUACUACCCCGACACCGGCUGGGCUGUGGGGGCCGAGGAGUCUGACUUUGAAGGCUGGGCCUUCCCCUUCCCGGGCGUGACCCUGAUUGAGGACUUCGUGACCCCGGAGGAAGAAGCCGAGAUGGUGCAGCUGAUGGACCGCGACCCCUGGAAGCUGUCCCAGUCUGGGCGGAGGAAGCAGGACUACGGCCCCAAAGUCAAUUUCCGGAAACAGAAGCUAAAGAUGGCCGGCUUCCGAGGCCUCCCCAGCUUCAGCCGGGAGGUGGUGCGGCGGAUGGGCCUGUACCCCAUCCUGGAGGACUUCCGGCCCGUGGAGCAGUGCAACCUGGACUACUGCCCGGAGCGGGGCUCGGCCAUCGAUCCCCACCUGGACGACGCCUGGCUGUGGGGGGAGCGGCUGGUGAGCCUCAACCUGCUGUCCCCCACCGUGCUAUCCAUGUCCCGGGAGGCGCCCGGCAGCCUGCUGCUCUGCCUGGCCCCAUCCGGCUUCCCGGAGGCCCUGGCGGACGGCGCGAUGGCCCCCAGCCGGUCCGUCCCGUGCCAGGAGGUGGAGGUGGCGGUCCCCUUGCCCCGCCGCUCCCUGGUGGUGCUCAGGGGAGGCGCGCGGCACCAGUGGAAGCACGCCAUCCACCGGCGAGACAUCGGGGCCCGGCGCGUGGGCGUCACCUUCCGGGAGCUGUCGGCCGAGUUCGGCCCCGGAGGGAAGCAGCAGGAACUGGGGCAGGAACUCCUGCAAAUGGCGCUCUCCUUUCAUGGGAGACCCACCACGUGAGCUGCCAGGCCGGGGAGCUGGCCGCUGGGCCUGGCGGAGGCGCUGGCUCCCGAGCGGUCCGUUAGCCAGCAUGGAAGGGAGCGCCCAGCGCCAGGGUCUUUCUCAGGUCUUAAGGGGAGACCGCUGGACACGCCCUGGCACAGGGCAGCUCAAGCCCUGCCCGGAAUGGUUUCACGGUGAGGGGCCUCAGGUCAGUCCCUUUUGACCUGUGCGAUGGCCACUUGUUUGGGUGGAUUGUCACAGUUUGAGGGCAGUGGCCUAAUUUGAGCUUAAAAAUGGUUGGUGCUCCUUCAGGCUGUGUUUUCUCCUUUAUCCAUCUGUCUUAAUGAGGUUAGAGGGUAACCAAGGUUAGAGGCUAGGUAGCAUCACCAACUCAGUGGACAUGAAUUUGAGCAAACUCCGGGAGACAGUGAAGGACAGAGGAGCCUGGCAUGCUGCAGUCCAUGAAGACGCAGAGUCGGGCACCACUGAGCCACUGAAUAACAACUUAACAAGGUUGCAGAAUAUCCCAGCCUGCAGGCCCCACAUUUAUUUACUAUUUUACUUAUUUACUUUUGGCCAUGCCACGCAGCUUGCAGGAUUUUAGUUCCCUGACCUGGGGAUUGAGGCUAGGCCAUGGCAGUGAAAGCGACGAGUCCUAACCACUGGAUCGCCCGGGAGUUCCCAGCCCCCCCCUUUAGGGAGCGUGUUGGAUUGGAGAGGGGAUUGGUAGAGGAUGUGAGGUGGUUAUUGUUUCAGACGUCAGGACUGCUGACAGCUUCUGAGCCGGCUCUGCCCAGGUCAUGCUUGACUCCAUGGGGUGUGCGGUGUGGUGAUGGGGCAGUCUGCUGGGAGUCUGGGCCCCCCACCCCCAGUGAUGUUAGAAGUUGGGGAGGGGUCUCCUCAGCCCCCAGGACAGCACAGGGCGGCUCACUGCCUGGCAGCAGUGCUGUGAGGGCUGACCUGGACGGGCGGCGGUCCCCCGCGGCCAGGUGAGGAGCAGCCUGUGGAGGCUGGCGGCAUGGCGGGCCAGCCUGGUCUCCUGCUGCUUAUAUAACAGUAUACCUGGCCCACCAGCCACAUGCUAGGAGCCAAACUUGGGGGACCAGCGCCCCGUCACAGCCUGGAGACAUUUGCACACUGGUUUUCACUGUCACUGGAACUUUUUAAGAGCUGUCAGGCGUGCAGAGGCACGGGCCACCCUGCACUGUCUGCAUAGUGGCCUGGCAGAGGCCCAACAGAAGGGCUGAGUGGGCCCAGCGGCCGGCCGUGGGGGGCAGUGGGCUUCCAGACACCUCGACUGGUGGGGACUGCUGCUCCUCAGAUACUGUGACCGCCCUGCUAGCCCUCACGCCCCUCAGGGUGGCGCUUGGGCAAGGCGGCCAGAGCUCCAGCCCCUCUUGCCACAUCAGCUGCCAAGCAGGCGCACAGACCCGGUGGUCUGCUCGCUGGGAGCUUGGCAGGCUGGGCCUCGGGGCAGCCCGGCCCCUGGAUGGAGCCUGCAGGGUGCUCCGCCAACAGAGGGCCCCAUUUGAGCUGAGGCCAGGCAGUGUUCUCUAGGCUCUUCCUGCAGAGACGGGUGCAAAACUCGCUGACUGUGUCCCCAGGAGCCUGGGAGGGACGGCAGGGGCUGGAAGGACAGCUCAGCAGGUUCUUAAUGGGCCUGGGGAGGAGUCUCUAGCCUUGUCUGUCCGUCUUCUCCCUUUGCCCUCCUGGAGGCAUCCGAGUCAGGACCGUCUCUGCAGGCUGGCUGAGCUCACCCAGGAAAUGGUCAGAGUAGGCUUGCUGGCCCAAAGAUCUGCGCUGAGCCCAGGCCUUUUCUGGGGUCCCCCAGGGCCUGGAGAGUCGUCUUGGGCUGCAGGGGCAGGCUGGCCCUCUGGGUUGAAGGGCCAGAACAUUCAGAACAAUAAUAGUGACUUUCCUGGUGGUCCAGUGGUUAACUCUGUGCUUCCACUGCAGGGGGGCAUGGUAUCAAUCCCUGGUUGGGGAGCCAAGAUCCCAUAUACUGCACAGUAUGGCCAAAAAAACAAGAGAAUCUUUUUUUCUUUAAUGUUUUAAAAAUAGUAAAGGCCAGAAGUGUCCAAUAAGGGGGCCUCUACCUCCCUCACCUGGGAGCCUGUUGGGGCACUGGUGACCAGUGGUUGGAGCAGGGGCUUCUGAGUAUCCCCUCUCCCUGUGGCCUCCCACCAAGAGCAGAGAGCAGGUUAUAGCUUUAUUUAUUCAGUUCAAUCCAGGGCAACUGUUUUUAAAAACUCCAUAUACAGGAUGUGGGGGAAUGGGGUUGCAUAUACCACAUGUGGUCUCCAUGAUGUCAUGCAUAGUGCAUUUCUCAGCAGAAGACAGAUAAGGUCUGUAAAUGAGCCUCAAUCCACUCAGGCUUGCGUGGUUUUGUCCUGCACGGAUUUCCCUAGAAGACACUGAAAUACAUUCUGCCCUGGCAGUUUGUCCAAAAUAGAAACCCUUGCGUUUGCUUCUGGUCCGGUACUAAAUGGAGAUUGUGUUCCACUUUGGAAACGGCCUCUGUGUAUCUGUGGGCAUUUGUUUUAUGAGCACCAGGAAGGCUCCUUUCAGAGGAAAAUAGGGCAAGCCCACACUGGCUCCUCUCACCAUGGAGAGGCCACUGUACUCAGAACCCUCUUCACAAUCAGGUUAAACCUCCAGAAACCGAAUUUCUAGCCUGUAAAUAUGCUUCCCUCUCCUUCCGAGACUGCCCUGCUGUGGCUCCAAAUAGUAGUUUACUCUCCUGCCCCAGAGGACGCUCUGGGCUGCCCUGAGGGGACCCCCAUCGCCAGGCCUCAACCCACGGUCAUCUCGGUUCUCACAGAAACUGCCCCACACCUCGGAACUAGAAAGGCUGGAGCCAAGAAAACUCGCUGGAUGAAAAUAAAUUACAAGAACACUGUUCUCCUAA